AGUAGUACACGUGCUCGCAAACGAGCAAGAGAGUGGUGCUUUGGUCAGUAAGUGAAGGUGGUACGCGAUUAGUUUCAGUUUCCGUACAUAUCAAACAAUGGAAUCGAAAAAUUUCGCGCCAGCAAACAAUUCUAAUCAGAAUUCAAUCAUAUCCGCAGAACUCGAACAGAGUUGGCAUAUACCAAGACCAACACUAGCUCGACCCUCAAAAAGUAGUCAAGGAUCCUUAUCCAGUAAAAACAGUACUCAAAGCGCAAGGUCCGGAUCUUUAUUAUUAACGGCAGCGAAUUUAGCGCAAAUUCAUAACGAUGAGAUUCAAAAUUCAACGAAAGAAGACAAUCUCAGACUGUACUUGGAACGACACGGACACGAUAAUCCGUUAUUUUCGUUGGAUUCUCAAGAUCGGUUGAAAAAACCCGACCCGGAUAGUGUGUCAGUUGCCAGUUCGAUGCAUUUUACGGUAAUUAAUGUCGAUACGAGACCGGCGGUUAAACCAAGAAGUUUUUGCAAAAAACAUCGACUGAGCGUUCUUGUACUGACGAUGUCUGCCCUCAUUACCUUAGGCAUUUUAGGAGGUAUUCUGUUUAUGGAGAUGAGAGCCAGAAGACAACAGUACUGAUGACACAGCCAUGAAGCACGUACAAAACAACCAGUAUAUUUAAUUAAAUUUUUAUAAGUAGUAAA